UCGAUGAAAUGAUACGAUUAAUUAACCUCGAAUUAAUUAACGUCGUUAUAUCAUUGAUAUAACCUUUUUUUUUUUUUUUCUUUUUUUCGUUUCGGGGGGAAACGACAAAAAAAUGGGAGAUCCGGUUAAGGGGAAAACGUUGUUCGUGAGAAUGUGCUCGAUGUGUCAUACCGUUGGUAAAAAUGAGAAACACAGGGUAGGUCCGAAUCUUUUUGGAAUAUUUGGCAAAACGUGUGGAACCUCGGCCGGAUUCAAUUACACCGACGCGAUGAAGAACAAAAACAUCGUGUGGAACGAGACAACGCUGGACGAAUAUUUACGUUUACCGAAAGAUUUUGUUCCCGGCACGAGGAUGGUGUUCAGCGGUAUUAAAAAAGCUGACGAGCGUAAGGACGUGAUCGCUUAUUUAGCAACGUUGAAGUGAACAUUUUUGUAAAAUUGUCUUAUAUCUCCUGUUGUGAAAUAUAUUGUACAGUGGUGUUUCGAAACAACGUAUAUACGUAACAGCAGUUGCGGAGUGAAUAAAAUAAAUCGAGGAAAUUUUUUAA